AUGACGACUGUCGAUCAGCAACUAGCUAACUUGGUCAUCCGUCAAUACCGCUCUCUAGAUCACGAGGAGGUGGUGCAAUUGUACCUCAACGGCAUGCGUUCGUACUCUUUCGAGGGUGAGGACGAGGCUAGCAAGACGCUGUGGGAGCAAGUACGUCAGGCCUCCGUGAACAGCGAUCUGGCUGACAUCGAGGGCGUGUAUUUGACCAGCGGGGGAAACUUUUGGGUGGCAGUUGUCUCCUCUAGUGACAGAGAGGAAGAGGUAAUUGCGAUGGUUGGACUGCAGCUCCAUAGCGGUGACUUGGGCGAGCUACGCUGCAUGUCCGUCAAGGAAGGAUAUCGACGCGUUGGACUGGGACGAAAGCUGCUCAAGCACUUGGAAGAUUGGGCCCAAACCCACGGAUUAAAGCGCGUUAAGUUAUCCACGGGUAUGACAAUGACAAGGGCAGUGCAGUUCUACAUGGCUCACGGGUACACACUCACGCACACAACAAUCUUUACGCCCGAGAUGCCGCAUGAAGAAGCUCACCUCGCCAAAGAUCUCUUUGUUAUGUUCUCGAAAAAACCGGCAUGUGAUAUGAUAGGAAGCACUUCACUGCUGACGUCAGUUGUUCAACUGAGUGUUCUAAUGGCAACCGUCAAGCAACCAGAGUUCUGCAUUCGGCAGUACGCGCCACAGGACCAGGAAGGCGUGAACGCUGUCUUCAUCGACGGCUGUGAAUUCUACCGCGAUAGCUUCCCGUCUCAUGUGCAGGAGCACUGGACUGAGUUCAUCCAAGAAGGUCUCGACGGAGAUUUAUCGCGCAUUCUCAGCGCCUACAUCGCCCCUGGCGGCAACUUUUGGGUCGUAACGACGCCAGAGAACAGCGUACACAAAGUUGUUGGCAUCGUUGGUUUAGAGGAUAAGGGAGAUGGUGUCGGAGAGUUGCGGCGUAUGGCUGUCUCCAGCGCUUUCCGUCGCCACGGACUCGGCCGGCGGCUGGUGAACGAGCUAGAGACCUGGGCCAAGGAUCACGGCUUCACCAAGAUCUUUCUCAUGAAUGGUGGCCCCAAGGAAGACGCGCGUGCCUUUUACCGCGCCAUCGGAUACCAGGACGUCGGCAUGAAGGUGGUGUCCGUCGAACCGCACGUGGAGGUGUUCCAGCUUGCCAAGCAGCUGUGACCUCUCGCACUCAUCUCGCUGCGACAGCUUGUGGCGUGGUACAUGUAUUGGUGUUGCAAGAUCAUAGGGUAGUACAGCGUUCGAUUAGAUAAAGUUCGUACAUGUAGGAAGAGUUGACGUGACUGCAGCUGAAUCGAAUGAGCCUUUUAUUGACGGUCAUUCAUCCAACACCGG